AUGGCCGAGGCUCUGCUGGCCCUGCUGCUCCCGCCGGCCCUGGCGGCCGCGGCGCUGCUCCUGCUGGCCCUCGCCCUGCUGCGCGCCGACGGCGACCUCACCCUGCGCUGGACGGAGUGGCGCGGCAAGAAGCCCGGUGAGCGCCGCGCGCGCCCCCGUGCCACGUGGCGGGGGGCGGCCCCGGGGCGAGCCCCUGCAGCUGCCAAGCGCGCCGCCUGCCUGCGCGUCGGGGAAAAGGAACUUCCCGGGAAAGUGGUCUGGAUAACGGGAGCCUCCAGUGGGAUCGGCGAGGAGAUGGCCUACCAGCUAGCGAAGAUCGGCUCGCUGCUUGUGAUCUCGGCAAGACGGGAGAACGAACUGGAGAGGGUGAAAAAGAAGUGUCUGGAGAUCAGUCGACUAAGUGACAAAGAUAUCCUUAUUGUGCCGCUCGAUCUGACCCAGAGGAGUACCCAUGAACCUGCAACAAACACGGUCCUUAAGCAUUUUGGAAAGAUCGACGUCCUGGUGAACAACGGCGGCCGAUCCCAGCGUUCGCUCUUUGUGGACACCAGCAUCGACGUCUACAACGCCAUAAUGGAGCUCAACUACCUGGGCACGAUCUCCUUAACCAAGCAUGUCCUGAAUCACAUGAUUGAGAGGAAGCAAGGGAAGGUGGUCACCAUAAGCAGCGUGAUGGGGAUCAUGGGAGCUCCCCUGGCCACCGGCUACUGUGCCAGCAAACAUGCCCUGCAGGGUUUCUUCAACUCUCUCCGGCCUGAACUUACCGAAUAUCCCGAAAUAAGCAUCAUCAACAUUUGCCCGGGGCCUGUCCAGUCGCAGAUAAUCCAGAACGUGUUUACUGAAGAAGUUUCAAAGACAAAUGUCAGCGUUGGAGACCAGUCCCAUAAAAUGACAACCGAACGCUGUGUCCAACUAACACUGGUCAGCACUGUCAACGACCUGAAAGAAGCAUGGGUCAGCGACCAACCCUACCUGACAGUCUGUUACCUCUGGCAAUAUGCGCCCACCUGGGCCUGGUGGCUGCUGAACCGCAUGGGAAAGAGGCGAAUCCAGAAUUUCAAGAGCGGGGUGGAUGCGGAUGUUUCUUACUUCAAGAAGACUUCUUGA